AUGGGUCACGUGCGGCCGAGGCGCUUGGCAUCUGGGGGGCGGUACAGGGUGAAGGACGUAAGCCGUGCGAGAGUUCGACAGUCACCCCUGCCCAUCGCCACCACAGCUUCUCUUCCCGUACCAGAACACCGCUCCCGGCCCAUUCGAUCUACACGCAAACCCGUCUGCUACAACGUUGACGAAGCUGACGACGUUGACGACGUUGACGACGACUCCGCGCCGUCGACACCUCGUCUUGCCACUUUUAGCCGAGGCGACCCACUCCAGUCCGCAGCCUGCGACGCGACGACAUUUGAUGAUUACGCGCAAUAUCUGUCUCCCGACUCAGACAUAGAAGAGGAUGAGCGUAUAGCGAGGAGCAUGGGUGUUAUUCGCAAGAAUGCAGCCCUUAGAGGGGGUGACGGCGGCACCAAGUAUCAUUGCGACGUGUGCUCGAUCGACAUAACCUCUACCGUUCGCAUAUCCUGUGCCAACUCUGCCUGUCGCGAAUACGACCUUUGUGUCCCUUGUUUUGCUCGGGGCGAAUCUAGCAAGACUCAUGAUCCACGGACACACGAAUAUCACGUUGUUGAACAGAACUCGAUCCCCAUCUACACCGAAGACUGGGGCGCCGACGAAGAACUACUCCUGCUCGAAGGCUCGGAGCGCUAUGGGCUUGGUUCCUGGGCCGAUGUGGCCGAGCACAUUGGAGGAUAUCGGGAAAAGGACGAAGUUCGCGACCACUACAUCAGCACCUAUAUCGACAGUUCAUUAUUCCCUUUGCCGGAGUUAGCCGAUCCCGCUAACACCGAGCUUUUUGAGCGCAUCCCAAAGGACGAAUUCCAGGCUCGUAAGAAGAGACGUAUCGAAGAGCGCAAAGAGGCCGCGAAACAUGCACCGCCAGCAACACCCAAGCAGAAACCCACGGCCUCUGUCCCCGCAUGCCACGAAGUUCAAGGUUUCAUGCCUGGCCGACUGGAGUUUGAGACCGAGUUUGCCAAUGAUGCCGAGGAGGCAGUUCAACACAUGUCAUUCGAGCCCGGUAAUGGCUUAGAUCCGAUUACUGGUGAAAUGGAUGAGGAGACAACUCUUAAGAUGAUGGUCUUUGAUAUCUACAACUCUCGAUUGAGGGCCCGGUCGGAGCGCAAAAAGAUCAUCUUUGAACACAAUCUCCUUGAGUACAAGAAAAAUCAACUCCUUGACAAGAAACGGACCAAGGAAGAAAAAGACCUCCUACACAAGGCCAAGCCAUUUGCGAAGAUGAUGAACCACGAAGACUUCGAGGCGCUGAACAGAGACCUACUCCUGGAACACAAUCUGCGUCUUGCCAUUCUUCAACUCCAAGAGUGGAAACAAAUGGGCAUCAGCGAUCUGAAGGGCGGAGAAAAAUACGAGAGCGAUAAGCAAGCUCGGGCGCAACGAAAUCAACCUCAGGGACAAUUCGACCGAAUGCCUCAAAUCCCCAAGAAAGGCAGCCAGCUGCAACAACCCGACCUACCGACCGAGGCGUCUAAAUUGACGAACCCCGAACUGCCACUUCGGUUCCAACGCAAGCCAAAGACCGUACCCCAAUUUACUGAUAGUCAGCCCGCAGUAGAAAACGACUUUGACAAACUGUUCGCUGAGGCCAAUGGUCCCGACAGCACAUCAGGUCCGAAAGCAAAGGUCCGAUAUGAGGUGCCGCUGCUGCCUGGGGUGACGCCGUGGAAUCUGGAGAAGGAUAAGAGCCUAGCCCCAGAUCUGCAAUUGCUCAGCGAAGAGGAGAUCCAACUGUGCAACGUGCUUCAUAUCCGCCCUAAGCCAUAUUUAGCCUUGAAGGAAGGACUGCUCAAGGAGGCCAUGAAGCAAGGCGGCUACAUGAAGAAGAAAGAGGCUCGUGGAGUCUGCAGAAUUGACGUCAACAAAGCCAAUCGCAUCUUUGACUUUAUGAUUCACAGCGGAUGGAUAGCCAAAGCGUGA